AUGGAUUCUACAUCUCCCAUCACCACCCUUCGAAAGCUCGAGAUUGAGCAUGCCGAUGCGGGUGUGUUGCAAGAUAUCGAGAUCUCCAAGGCACUUACGACGGACCAAAGCACGCUGGCAGAAAAGGGAUAUUUCUUUCAUGCCCAGUUGGUCGGAAGCAUCGCUUCGAUCAGCUGCGCAGUGCUUGCCUCUUAUUGGGGAUUCGCCCCGGCAGCAGCCAUUCUGACCGAGAUUAACGCCGACAUUGGACCCAGUGAAAAUGCCAGUCUGUUCUCCAUUAUCUGGACUCUAUGUGUUGGCCUCGCUGCCAUCCUAUUCGGAAGGACAUCGGACAAGUUUGGUAGGCGGUGGUUUGUCAUUGGAGCUAGCACCAUGAGCUUCAUUGGAGGAAUCAUUGCUUGCACCGCAAAAAACAUGGAUAUUCUAAUCGGCGCCAACGUCCUGUUGGGCUUGGGAGCCGGUGUUCAUACUUGCUAUGCCUUGAUCGUGGGCGAGAUCUGUCCUAACAAGUACAAAUUCGUUGGGAUUGUGUUCUGUGUAAUUCCUAAUGUUGUGCCGACGGGAUUCGGCGCCUAUCUAGCCCUCAUGCUCGUCCACAACGCAGAUUGGAGAAGAUGGGUCUAUUAUAUUCAGUUAAUGAUGAUGUUCCCUGCGAUCAUCCUGCAACUUGUUUAUUAUCGGCCGCCUGGUUUCAAAAGGCUCCACGGCAAUACCCGAACCUGGUCGGAAGAGAUUAAACGGGUCGAUAUUGUUGGAGCAAUCCUGCUUUCUGCCGGGCUUUGUUUGUUCAUACUUGGAAUCUCCUGGGGUGGCCAGCCACUUCCAUGGACUUCCUCGCGCAUCCUGGGCCUUACCAUCUCCGGUGGUAUCACUUGCGUCAUAUUCACACUUUGGGAAAUUUACUCCAAAGUCCCCAACCCGCUAGUCCCGAUGUAUGUCUUCCGGGACCUCCGGGGAUAUGUCUGCCUCACCGUAAUCAUUUCUGUAUCCGGAGUCAUCUAUAUUGCUCUCAGCAUCAUAUGGCCUUCGCAGGUUGCAAGGAUAUACGGUGCUGGAGCUACCAGCUGGCAGGGCAACGCAUGGCUAUCAACUACCGUUGCUUUUGGGAUAUGGGGCGGGAUUGUUGGGUUCGGGUCUAUAUUUCACAUCGUAAAACACAUCCGUUACCAGCUGAUCGUAUAUAUGUCGGUUACUGUUGUCUUUUGUGGAGCUCUAUCAACAUGUAACACCCAAAACAAAGGCCAAAGUGCAGCAUUUUCGUUCCUCGCAACUCUUUGUGCAGGAAUGCUGGAGGUCACUCCAGGAGUACUUGUGCAACUCGACGCCGACGACGCAAAUCUGGGCACCGUCACCACUGUGCUAGGGUUGAUCAGAACCGCGACCGGAUCAAUCAUGACGGCCGUGUUCUUAGCCAUUCUCUCAAGCAAAGUUCCCAAGGAAAUCCUCCGAAAUGUCCCUCCUGCUGCUGUCGACGCUGGAUUACCGAAAUCAUCACUACCUGCUCUAUUGGCUGCUAUUACAACAGGGACGUCUGAAGCUUAUGCAAAAGUCCCCGGGUUGACGGCAAAAAUCGAAGCAGUAGUAUCAGAAGCGCUGGCUCAAUCCUAUGCGGCAGCCUAUGCCUAUGUUUACUACGCUGCGGUUGCUGUCGGUAUCGUGGGCAUGGUUGCUGUUAUUGCGAUCAAAGAUUACGAUAGCAUGCUCACAGGACACGUACCCCGGCAGAUCUAUAAGCGGGGAGAAGAAGAUGAGAAAGUGAGAGAAGAAGUUGAGAACAAACUAGAGCCGACCAAACUGAGAGUGGAACACAAAGGGCAAGACGCUUAA